AUGGGCAGCUGGAGUCGGUCCUCCCCGACACCGCUGACAAUUUGUCAUACCUCUUUGUGGAUCUGCAUAUUUUGUUUUAUAUCUAUUUUCUUGACUAAUUUCCUGACAUUCUUUAUUUGGCUUCCUCUUUUCUUUCUUUUCUUUUUUUUCUUUCUUUUUUUAAAUAUUAGUUCCGUUUCUUUCAUUCUUUUCCUUUUGUUUCUUUGUUUUCUUUUAAAGCCAGCCUUUUUCUUUCUUUUUUCUUUUCUUUUCUUUCUUUCUUUCUUUUUAAAUAUUAGUUCUGUUUCUUUCAUUCUUUUCCUUUUGUUUCUUUGUUUUCUUUUAAAAGCCAGCCUUUUUCUUUCUUUCUUUCUUUCUUUCUUUCUUUUAAAUAUUAGUUCCCCUCUUUCUUUUCUUUUUGUUUCUUUCUUUCUUUCUUUCUUUUUCUUUCUUUCUUUCUUUUUAAAUAUUACCAGCCUUUUUCUUUCUUUCUUUCUUUCUUUCUUUCUUUCUUUCUUUCUUUUAAAUAUUAGUUCCGUUUCUUUCAUUCUUUUCCUUUUGUUUCUUUGUUUUCUUUUAAAAGCCAGCCUCUUUCUUUCUUUCUUUCUUUCUUUCUUUCUUUCUUUUAAAUAUUACCAGCCUCUUUCUUUCUUUCUUUCUUUCUUUCUUUUAAAUAUUAGUUCCGUUUCUUUCAUUCUUUUCCUUUUGUUUCUUUGUUUUCUUUUAAAAGCCAGCCUCUUUCUUUCUUUCUUUCUUUCUUUCUUUCUUUCUUUCUUUCUUUUAAAUAUUAGUUCCCCAGCCUCUUUCUUUUCUUUUUCUUUCUUUCUUUUAAAUAUUAGUUCCGUUUCUUUCAUUCUUUUCCUUUUUGUUUCUUUUGUUUUCUUUUUAAAAGCCAGCCUCUUUUCUUUCUUUCUUUUCUUUCUUUCUUUUAAAUAUUACCUUUUUCUUUCUUUCUUUCUUUCUUUCUUUCUUUCUUUUCUUUUCUUUUUUAAAUAUUACCAGCCUCUUUCUUUUCUUUCUUUCUUUUCUUUCUUUCUUUCUUUUCUUUUAAAUAUUAGUUCCGUUUCUUUCAUUCUUUUCCUUUUUUUCCGUUUCUUUCAUUCUUUUCCUUUUGUUUCUUUGUUUUCUUUUAAAAGCCAGCCUUUUUCUUUCUUUCUUUCUUUCUUUCUUUCUUUCUUUCUUUUAAAUAUUAGUUCCCCUUUUUCUUUCUUUCUUUCUUUCUUUUCUUUCUUUUCUUUCUUUCUUUCUUUCUUUCUUUCUUUUUUAAAUAUUACCUCUUUCUUUCUUUUCUUUCUUUCUUUCUUUCUUUCUUUCUUUUCUUUCUUUCUUUUAAAUAUUAGUUCCGUUUCUUUCAUUCUUUUCUUUUUGUUUCUUUGUUUUUUUUUUUCUUUCAGCCUCUUUCUUUCUUUUUCUUUCUUUCUUUUAAAUAUUAGUUCCCCAGCCUCUUUCUUUCUUUCUUUCUUUCUUUCUUUCUUUCUUUCUUUUUUAAAUAUUACCGGCUUCUUUUCUUUCUUUCUUUCUUUCUUUCUUUCUUUUCUUUCUUUUUUAAAUAUUAGUUUCGUUUUCUUUCAUUCUUUUCCUUUUGUUUCUUUGUUUUUUUCUUUUUUUCUUUUUCUUUUCUUUCUUUUCUUUCUUUCUUUCUUUCUUUUUAAUAUUAGUUCCCCUCUUUUUUUCUUUCUUUUCUUUCUUUCUUUCUUUCUUUCUUUCUUUUUAAAUAUUAGUUCCGUUUCUUUCAUUCUUUUCCUUUUGUUUCUUUGUUUUCUUUUAAAAGCCAGCCUCUUUCUUUCUUUCUUUCUUUCUUACUUUCUUCGUAAAUUUUCCUUUUAUUUAUUGACUUUUAAAUUCUCCGACUUUUUUCUUUGUAAAUUCUAUUUUUGUUACUUUUUCUUUCUUUCUAUCUCCUUCUUAAUAUUAGUUCAGUUUCUUUCUUUUGUUUCUUCGUUUUCUUUUAAAAGCCAGCCUCUUUCUUUCUUUUUCUUUCUUCUUUCUUUCAUUCUUUUUCUUUUGUUUCUUCGUUUCCUUUUAAAAGCCAGCUUCAUUCUUUCUUUUUUUCUUCGUAAAUUUUGCGUUUAUUUAAUGAUUUUUAAAUUCUUCGACUUUUUUCUUUGUAAAUUCUGCUGUUCUUUCUUUCAGUCUUUUCCUUUUGUUUCUUCGUUUUCUUUUAAAAACCACCUUCUUUUUUUCUUCUUUGUAAAUUCUACUUUUUCUUUCUUUCUUUCUUUCUUUCUUUCUUUCUUUCUUUCUUUCUUUCUUUCAGUUUAUUUUUUCAUGUCUGAAUCAUUUAAGAACAUUUUUCAGAACAUUAUGUGGCACGUCAAAUGCCAACUUCCGGUCCUUUAUUCGGUCAAAAGCAAUUCUCGUUUUGCUACUUUCAUUAUUUACCGCACAAAACUAGGUGGGGUAGAAACACUUUAG